GAGACAAUUUGGCACCAUUGUGAUAAUGAUACAAUGUGAACAAUACAUUUCACACAUUUUAAAUGCUCCUAUUAAUCAGGGUUUUAUGUUUAUUAUAUCUGCAAUCAUACAAACACGUACACACGUACACACAUACACCCAGAUUGGCUUAUCGGGUUGGUAAGACACGUCAGUCACUAUUUCUACGGGAUUAAUCUCUUAUGCAAAGUGAUUAUCAUAUAUACUAGGGAGACUGGGUUGCUGCAGGAACGUAUGGGUGUGCAAUAAAACUUGGAUAAAUAUUUACAUAAUCUGCAACACUUUUUUUAUGUUACCUGACAAUGUGUAUGUGCCCCUGACAGGAGUCAAUCUACUAUUGUGGAGUAGAAAAACAACCAUCAGAAAAAUGUUCCCCUGGUCUGCUAUGUUCUCACUGGAGCCAAAGGUGCCUGGCCAGCGCACUCCAGAAGAACUGGUCACUAACACCCUGAUGAUGGAGCUGGGUGCUAUGGUGAAGCGUACUGAACGUAUCUGUUUGGAGAGGGCCACAGAGGUGCGUCGCCGGCGCAGCUCUUCAUCCUCACCAGAUUACAGCUGGCUGGCCGGGCCUCAACCCCAUGUACCCUAUGAGCUUACACCUAGAGACGUGCUUGACUUGCAGGAGCUCUGUGGACGGAUCCCACCUUCACAGUGUGGACCAGUCAUUGUCAGGUUUCGUAAUCUUGUCUCUGAAAUUGAACCAGAAGUGCAUGAAGUCCCUCAGCUCUUUCGUUCGGUGCUGAGGUCCUCUCUGGAUGAGGAGCAGGCCGAUGAAGAUCUACAGAUGCGUACAGCCCGUUGGGAAAAGCGACGCAGUAAGAGUCUUUCAUUUGUCACCUUCAGAUCCAAGUUCCGCGCACUUAGCCGUGGAAUGGGCAGUUUUAGCGGUUCUCGCGGCAACCUGCAGGAGGAAAGCUCAUGGUCAGAGGAAGAGGAAGAAGCUGCAGAGCAGGCAACAGCAGUGGUCCCACGAUCAAGAAGAGGGAGGAGCCACAGCAUGCCAGAAAUUAUCCCUACAGAGGGGUCUGCUUAGAGCUGCAAAGUGUGGAGCAAGGGUAUAGGGAACAGGGUCGUGUGAAGAAAAGAGGGAGAGAUGGAGAUCCAAGAGAGUAGCACCAUGGUGCAAACCAAGUAAAAUAAUGUUAUUCAUGCAUCUACGUCUACCAAAGAUACAAAGUUUGAACACUCAGUCUAGUGACUUCUUUUUAAAUGUUUUCAAUAUAUGUUUAUAAGUACUAUACAUCAUUUUCAAAGUUUCACAUGAAUAAAACUGCUUAUAUCAGUGUACUUUAGAAUUCUCAAAACUGAUUGGUCGGAUGCUGUCGAUUAAUUUUUUUAUACCAGCAACUCUGAAAGUAGCAAGUGCUGCAAAAACAAAUCACAGAUUUAUGCUAAUGUAACCUGUAAAAAUAAACAAAUGGCGUAAAAUAA